CCCUAAGCCUUUUUUGCAUUUCUUCAUCUCCGCCUAGAUAGUCGAGAGGCCAACUCACCUUAUCCCGAUGGCACCUAAGGCCCAGAAGAAGCCCGUUGCGGAGGAGCCGGCGACUGAGAAGGCCCUAGGGGGGAAGAUGCCUAAGGCUGAGAAGGGGCUGCCGGCCGGCAAGUCCGCCGACAAGGACAACGAGAAGCGCAAGAAGAAGGUGAGGAAGAGCAUGGAGGUAUACACGUUAUACAUCUUCAAGGUGCUCAAGCAGGUCCACCCCAACAUGGGCAUCUCCUCCCAGGCUAUGUCCAUCAUGAACUCGUUCAUCAACGAUCUUUUUGAGAAGCUGAUGGCGGAGGCGGCCAAGCUUGCGCGGUACAACAAGAAGUUCACCAUCACCUCCCGUGAGAUCUAGACCUCGGUCUGCCUCAUCCUCCCUGGCGAGCUCGCCAAGCAUGCCGGCUCCGAGGGCACCAAGGCCGUCACCAAGUUUACCACCUCUUAGGCAGUGUGGUUGCCUUCUGAUAGUCUCCGUCGUGUUUAGAUCUAUAGUAGGUGCCGCAGCCGCGGUAGUUAUCCUGCUCUCGUCAAUCUAUAUCUAUCUAGUAGUUGGUCUCCUGAAUCAUGUAAGGAGGUUGUGUGUGCGCUUUUGUGAUCCUGGUGUCAUGUUCCUGAAUGGUAUGGUUCAUCAUAUAUUGCAAUUUCUAAUUUUAUUC